AUGCAAGUAAAACCAGAAAAAACAGGAGUUUCUGUAAAGAAUGUGAAAAAAGAUACAGUAGUACCAGAGAAACUUAAAUAUAAGCCACUCACUGGGAAGGUGUUUUACCUCGAUAUUCCAUCAAAUGUGAUCUCUGAAAAAAUAGGAAAGGACCUCAAAGAGCUAGGAGGGAGAGUGGAGAACUUUCUUAGUAAAGAUAUCAACUAUCUGGUGUCUAAUAAGAAGGAAGCAAAAUUUGCACCAACUCUUGGUCAGAUUUCUCCUGUUCCUAGCCCAGAAGCAGUACGUAAUGGAGGAAAUAGCUCGCCUCAUCCUAGCAACCAAAAAGAUCGACGUGAUGGAAGUUCAUUUAAGAUAGCAGAUCCAGUACGUAUGAGCAGAGGAAGAUCCUUAGUUGAAAAAGCAAUCAAAGAGCAGGACUUAAUCCCCUCUGGUAGCAUAUUAUCCAACGCUUUGAGCUGGGGAGUGAAGAUACUUCAUAUUGAUGAUGUUAAGAAUUACAUUGAACAAAAGAAAAAGGAACUGUACCUAAUCAAAAGAGCAGGCAGUUCUAAAGAUGUGGGAAAACAAGAUAAUGCUCCAAAGUUAAGAACAGGUAAACUGAAAAAUCCAUUUGUCAAGGUGGAAGACCGAAGUCGCCGCUACCGGCCGUUUUACCUGCAGUUACCCAGUUUUCCAGUUCUCAACUACUGCGUUCCGAAACCGUUUAGUCCAUUUGAGGUGGAUAAGAAGUAUCUUUCUGGGCAAAAGCAAACUCAGUCUAAGCAAAGAAACAAAAUAAAUAGUGACAAGGACAGUGGAACUCCUGUUCAGCUCCCUCAGAAGGACAAAAGAAAGAGAGGAUAUUGUGAAUGUUGCGGGAAGAAAUACGAAGAUCUGCAAACGCAUCUUGAAAGUGAACAGCACCAAAAUUUUGCACAAAGCACACAGUAUCAAGUUGUUGAUGAUAUAAUUUCAAAGUUUGUUUAUGAGUUUGUGGAAUACAAAGAGGAUGCAAAGGAAAUAAAAAGGACGAAGUGUAGCACAGGCUUUUUUUCUCCUCUUACUGGAAAGGCGGCUAAACCAGACGAGCUGAAAGAGAGACUGAAGAAGCAACGCGUUUCAUUGACAAGUUACUUGUGGAAGGAUACCGCAAUGCGGGCACUCACACUGGACCGCCAGCCUGCAGAACUACAGCCAAACUCUGUGCCAGUACCUACCCCUGUUUCUGGAUCUGUCUGUUCAGUUCUCUGUCACCUGUCACAGUCUUCAGAACUAAGAAGUAAGUUCAGAAACAAUGACGAAAACAUUAAAACUGAUUGCUCCUGGGCUGGAAACGUAAGAGAGACUGUUUUACAUUCGGAUUUUGCGCAACCACCCCCUCAGAAAGGUGACACAGCGUACAUGGGGAACUUUUCUAGAGAUUGUGAGCCAUUCAGUAAAGAAAUACGGGAACCAGAAGUAAAUGAAUACAAUUUACAGUGUUUUCAGGAAGGCAUGUGGACUUCAUAUUCUCAUACUCAGUUUACAGAUUUUAGAGAAAAAGAUAAAAACCCAUCACAGCCAAAACGAAAAUUAACUAACACAGUAGUUCUACCAGCAAAGUGUUUGGAAAAAAACGAUGCCAAUCCUGCAUUUGUCAAUAAACAUGAUUAUCACGCGAAUCGCCAGCAGGUGCAGCACGGUGUCGUUCUGGUACCAGACACUGCUGAAAAAAAAGAACUUACUGAAUCGGCUGCCAGCCCUGCGCACAGCUCGCCACCUGGAAAACUGCGCAGAAGAGUGAAGCUUCACUUGGGAAGAAAUAAAAGAGAGACCCGGAAACAGAAUAUGGGGUUACAUGUGAAGUCCACAGAUAGACUCUCCGUUCCUCAGGAGAAUUCUUGUAGCUCAGCAGUGCAGGGCCUGUUGGAAUUAUAUCAGACAAGUGAAACAAAAUGAGAAUGUGGAGGGUUUUCAGGUGACACUGAGAGCAAACCUUCAAUUAGCAUAAAGGACACACGGGACGGGCAGAAUACAGAUGUUACAUGGUCACUGUUUUCAUCCUCAUCUCCUUUUGUUGGAUUUUAA